AAGCAGAGGCGGAGGAAGAGGGCGGCCGGGCCGGAGCAGAAAGCCACAAGCAGAAGGAAGAAGCGGCGAGGGCCGAGGAUGCCGUGCCUCAACGUGUCCACCAACGUCAACCUAGAGGGGGUGGACACCUCCGCCAUCCUCGCCGAGGCCUCCAAGGCCGUCGCCAACAUCAUCGGCAAGCCAGAGGCCUAUGUGAUGGUUGUUGUCAAGGGUUCAGUGCCUAUGGCAUUUGGAGGUACCCAGGAGCCCGCAGCGUAUGGCGAGCUGGUUUCCAUUGGAGGGCUGAACCCUGAUGUCAACAAGAAGCUGAGUGCUGGCAUUGCUUCUAUUCUGGAAUCAAAGCUGUCCGUUCCCAAGUCCCGCUUCUACCUCAAGUUCCACGAUUCAAAGGCUUAUCCUGCACAAGAACAUGCUCAAUGUUUGCAUGCUUUGCAUCAAGAAUAGAUCAUCGCUCAGACUUUGGUUGGAAUGGCUCCACCUUCUAGAUUUGAGGUCCGUGGGCGUGGCUUCGGUGAAGGGAAAUGUGCUAGCUAAUGUCAUGUCCAUUUGCAUGAUGGCCUAGUAAGGACAAAAUUGGAAGGUACAGUUCGUCUGUGGUGAACUGAGGAGUGAAAACUGUUAUGUGGAACUGGGGCAGGCUUGUUUGAAUGCAACCUAGCAAACCUGGCUAUCUUGGCUGUUCCUUUCCUUUGGGUAAUAGUAAGCUUGAAAUGAUUCCGCCUAUAUUGUUUGGUUUGAUAGGGGACAGUGGAUGGUAACUUUCCAAGGGCACUCUUUGCUGUUGU